AUGAAUGCCUCCUUCAGUCUCUCAGAGAUCAAGAGCCCACUGGAACUCUGGGAAUCGGAGAACCUGUCCUUGCCGCGACAAUUAAAUGGGAGCCAGGACUUGGGCUGGGAGGAGCUGGUGAAGCUGCUCUUCCUGUUUGACAAGGACCCUGUCACCAUCAGCCUCACCAUCAUGUACCUGGUGUCAUUUUUGGUGGGCUUUGUUGGCAACGUCAUGUCACUCAGGAUGCUCACCAGGAAGCGUAGCAGGCAGGUGCCCAGCCUCAGUGCCACCAGGAGCCUCCUGAUCAACUUGGCCAUCUGUGACCUGAUGGUGGUUUGUAUCUGCAUGCCCAUCACUGCAGGCAAUUUGAUUUACAAAGCCUGGGUCUAUGGGGACUUCUUGUGCAGGGCUGUGCCUUUCAUCCAGGCAGUGUCCGUCUCAGCCAGCGUCCUCAGCCUUACAGUUAUCAGCUUGAACCGGUAUUACAGUGUGCACAACCCACUCAAUGCCAGGUCCUUUUUCACCCACAGGAAGAUUUUGAGCACCAUUCUGGUGGUCUGGGUCUUGUCCUCAGGGAUGUGUUUGCCCCUUAUAUUUAUUAACAAAAGAGAUGAGAUUGGAGUGAAAGCAGGCCUUCCACUGGUGUUUCCCAUCUGCAGGGAAAUAUGGCCACAGGAGAGGGUCAAGCAAGCCUACAGUUUCCUCCUCUUCUGUGCUCUCUACUGCCUGCCAGUCUCCUUCAAUGUGGUCAUUUGCUGUUUGACUGUCCAUAGGCUCUGGAGCCCCACCAGGCCACUGAAGGACUGCAGCACUUUGAACCAAAGCGUGCCACCUUCCAGGCUGAAGAUUCGCAAGAAGGUGGCCCAAAUGGUGGUGGCUUUAGUCCUGCUCUUUGCCAUCUCCUGGCUGCCAAUUUACAUGAUGGACAUCUGGAUUGAGUUCAAUAUUCCCAAGUCCUUGCAGGAUGUGGCUCCAUCUUCCUGGGUCCUGCAGCUCCGGCCAUUUGCUCAGUGGCUCAGCCUCACCAACUCCAGCCUCAAUCCUAUCUGCUACUGCUUUGUUGGCAACCUCUACAGGUCAGCCAAGGAAAUGAAGAGCAGGUACCACAAGAAGAUGGUCUCUCUUCUCAGCCUCUCUCUCUCUGAAAAGAGCUUGCCCUCCUCUGUUCCUGAGCUGCUCUCCUAUAGGGGCUCCACAAACAAAGAGCCCAACCGUAUUGUGGCAAUUGAAAAGAGCCAUCAGAAGAGGUGCAGUCCAAGGACCCAGGUGUAA